UUGCCCCUUAUUAUGUAAACCAGAGUAAACUGUGCAAAUGGCUACAAGAAGUGACCUUGAUGCUCUGGUGGUCCAAGUGGAAGGAUUGAAUCUAGAGGAGAACAAAGCUGGCUCAGGGGCUUAUGGCUGUGUCUUUAGAGUGACGGUGAAUGGAAGACACUGCAUUGCUAAGAAGCUUCACUCCAUAUUGCUCCAAGAGCUAUCCCUUGGACAGAGGGAGAGCAUUGUGACCAAGUUCAGAAAUGAAUGUCAUAUUCUGAGUGUUUUACAUCACCCCAACAUAGUAGGAUUCGUUGGAGUCCAUUACGGCCGCGGUAAGAACGACAUCAGUCUAAUAAUGGAGAGGCUUCAUUCCGACUUGGCUGAUUUUGUUGAAACCCAUCGAGACACGAAUACCGCCACUAGAAUCCAUAUCCUGUAUGAUGUAUCCAAAGGCCUUCACUAUCUUCACUCUCUGACCCCUUCCCUCAUCCAUCGUGACCUCACUGCUCCCAACAUCCUGCUCACUGAGGACCUCACUGCCAAGAUCGGAGACCUGGGUGUCUCCAGGUAUGUUGAUCUGGAGAGAUUGACUCAUGUUCUGACAAAUAUCCCGGGAAAUCCAACCUACAUGCCUCCCGAGUGUCAUGACGAACAGCCCACCUACACUACCAAGCUGGACAUCUUCUCAUUCGGUCAUCUCAUCAUUCACACUGUUAUCGGUGACUUCCCUAAAGUCUCUUACUUUACUCCUGAGGUUAUCAAGCACGUGGAUGAUGGGAAAAUGGAGCUCAUGCGUCGAAGCACUGCUGUCCAUGGUGACAAAAUGGGGGAGAAACACGCUCUUUAUCCUCUUGUUGUUAGCUGCCUCCAUGACCGACCUCAACAGAGACCAUCAGUUGACGAAGUGAUUGUCUCACUCAGAAAGCUGUGUCUACAGCACCCCAGGAUGGCCGCAUUUCUGGAUGCCUGUAAGACGGGAAAUGUGGGUGUGGUUCUGGAGCUACUGGAGUGUGGGGCUGAUCCCAACCAGGCAGACAAGAAUGGUUGGACUGCUCUUUUCUGGGCCAGUAUGAAUGGACAUGAUGAGAUAGUGAGGGUCCUCUUAGCAGCCAAGGCUACAGUCAACACUCAGAUCAAGUCGGGAGAGACCCCUCUUUGGAAAGCCAGUUUCAAUGGUCACCAGAAAUGUAUGGAGCUCCUAAUCGAUGCUGGGGCCAAUGUUGAUGUACCCAAAGAGGGUGGAUUCACUGCGUUGAUGGUAGCUGCUCAGAAUGGUCAUGUGAGGGCAGUGGAAAUAUUAAUUGCUGCCAAAGCUAAAAUUGACAUUCAAGCGAAGAACGGAGCCACAGCAUUGCACAUAGCCAGUCAGGAGGGUCAUUGUGGAGUUGUUAGAAUGUUGUUGGAGGCCAAGGCUGACGUUAAUAUCAAAGCUAAUGACGGACGUACUGCCUAUGAUGUGGCUAGUCAGUAUGGACACACUCAAGUGUGUGAACUACUACACUGACUCUGUACCUUAUUAACUGUACUGUUACCAUGGCAGCUAGCCUCUGAUAGAUACGUUGAUUGCAAAUUUAUACACUACAUCAUUUUGUCUUAUAAUUAAAUUUUUUCUAUAUACGGUUUCUCAUGUAUUUCACCAAGUUACAUUCUGAUCAUGUAAAACUUGAAAGUUAA